GCAUCAACUAGUUUUGAAUUUUUAUUUUUUUGUUUUUCUAGAUAGAGAACUAGCUAGUUCUACAUUUUUGGUGCGGACAGCAAUAGUACUAGUUUUAGCUAGUGCUUAAUUAAUUUGGAGCUCUAUAUACAUCAUGAGGGUGCUUAAGGUAGCUACAUUUAAUUUGAACCAAUGGGCUAUGGAUUUCGACUCUAAUUUGAAAAAUAUUAAGGAAUCCAUAGCCAAGGCAAAACUAGCAGGGGCUGUGAUAAGGCUUGGUCCUGAGCUCGAGAUUACUGGUUAUGGCUGCGAAGACCAUUUCUUCGAGAUAGAUACUGUUUCUCAUUCAUGGGAAUGCUUGAAAGAAUUACUAACGGGUGAUUGGACGGAUGGGAUAUUAUGCAGCUUUGGGAUGCCUGUGAUGAAUGGUUCAGAUCUUUAUAAUUGUCAAGUUGUAUGCAUGAACAGGAAAAUCAUAAUGAUACGUCCCAAAACGUGGCUUGCAAAUGAUGGAAAUUAUAGAGAAUUUAGAUGGUUUAAGGCUUGGAAAAAACAAGACCAACUUGUUGAGCUUCAUCUUCCUUGUGAAAUUUCUGAGGCUCUUCAUCAGAAAACAGUGCCUUUUGGAUAUGGUUAUAUUCAAUUCAUGGACACGGCUGUGGCAGCCGAAGUUAGCGACGAGCUAUUCGCUCCAAAUCCUCCGAAUUUGGAGCUCGCAUUGAACGGAGUUGAAGUUUUUAUGAACGCAGGAGGAAGUCAUCACCAACUGAGGAAGAAUGAAGUUCGAGUUGGUGCUAUUAUGAGAGCCACAAAGAAUAGUCACGGAGGGGUCUACAUGUACAGCAAUCAUAAGGGAUGUGAUGGUGGCCGUGUUUAUUAUGAUGGAUGUGCUUGUGUGGCUGUGAAUGGAGAUUUGGUCGCUCAAGGCUCACAAUUUUCUCUCAAGGACGCUGAGCUUGUAGUUGCUCAGAUAGAUCUAGAUGUGGUUUCUAAUAUAAGAAAAUCAUCGAGUAGCUUCCAAGACGAGGCGAGCAGAUCAGUUCCUUCAGUAAAAGUGCCAUACAGUCUCUGUCACUCUUUCGACCUCGAAACGGGCCUUUCUAUUCCUAUUAAGAAAAGUAAGCACAGUACUGAGGAGGAAAUAGCAUAUGGACCAAGUUGUUGGUUAUGGGAUUAUUUAAGAAGAAGCAGAGCUACUGGUUUUUUGCUACCUCUUUCUGGUGGAGCAGAUAGCUCCUCUGUGGCUGCUAUGGUGGGCUCCAUGUGUCAGCUUGUUGUUAAAGAAAUUGCAAAUGGCAACGAACAAGUGAAAGCUGAUGCAAUAAGGAUAGGGAAUUAUAAAGAGGGAGAAUUUCCGAUUGAUAGCAGAGAAUUUGCAAGGAGCAUAUUUUACACUGUAUUUAUGGGAUCUGAAAACAAUUCUGAAGCCACAAAAUCACGAGCCAAGGUGCUAGCCAAUGAGAUUGGCUCCUGGCAUUUUGACAUUCGGAUAGAUAGUCUUGUAUCUUCAUUUUUAUCUCUGUUUUUUGCAAUUACAGGGAUGCGACCACGCUAUAAGGCAUUCGGAGGAUCAAAGGUAGAGAACUUGGCACUACAUAACAUUCAAGCAAGAAUAAGAAUGGUUCUAGCUUUUAUGUUAGCAUCACUCUUGCCUUGGGUCCAUGGCAAACCUGGGUUUUUUCUUGUGUUGGGCAGCACUAAUGUCGAUGAAAAACUUCGAGGUAACUUAACAAAGUAUGACUGCAGCUCAGCGGAUAUAAAUCCAAUUGGAGGUCUAAAUAAAGUAGAUCUUCGAUCCUUUCUAAGAUGGGGUGCUGUAAAUCUUGGUUACUCUUCCUUAGCUGAUAUUGAAGCUGCUCCAUCCACUGGAGAAUUGGAGCCUCCUCUACCUAAACGUUCUAACAACUACAAUAAUAUUAAGGGGGAUGAAAAAGACAUGGGAAUGACAUAUGAGGAACUGUCAAUCUAUGGAAAAUUGAGGAAAACUUUAGGCUGUGGUCCUGUUUCCAUGUUCAAGAAUCUAUGCAACAGAUGGGGUGCAACAUUAGCGCCAUUAGAGGUUGCUGAAAAAGUGAAGCACUUCUUCAAGUACUAUGCCAUCAAUCGCCAUAAAUUGACUGUAUUAACACCUUCUUAUCAUGCUGAGAGCUAUUCACCAGAAGAUAAUAGAUACGAUCUUCGGCAGUUACUGUACAAUGAAAAAUGGACAUAUCAGUUCAGAAAGAUUGAUGAACUUGUACGUGAAGUUGGUGGUGAUUAUGAGAAAAUUCAAAGGAGAGAAAUAUCAAGUUGUGAUGGAAAGUUGGAAGCUGCUUCAAUUAAUGGACGAGUAAGCAAAAUUUAUAAGAGAGAAUCAAGCUGUAACUUCGAAAAGCUCGGAUCAAAUGGUGGUGUCGGAAUCAAAGUUUUGGCAGGAGGCGUGGGCUUCGGCAGCGGAGAUGUUGGCCUUUAGUUUUGAAUUCUAACUUUCUAAGAACCAAAAAAUAUAAUUUUUGUUUUUUUGUUUUUUUUUUGGAACGCUAAUUCCGAGAGAAUAUAUUGUAUUUGUAUCCAUCCAAAACUUAGUAAUAUAUAGUGUGACACUGUGACCUAUUGAAGCUUUUCAUUUUCA